UUCAGGAUUUUCCCCUAUUAGGUAGCAAGAAGGAUGUUUGAAAAUAUCAAAUCUUGGGCUGAGUAUAUUGUGGAAUGGGCUGCAAAAGAUCCAUAUGGAUUCCUUACAACAGUGAUCCUUGCUCUAACACCUCUAUUCUUGGCAAGUGCGGUGCUAUCAUGGAAACUGGCAAAAAUGAUUGAAGCUAAGGAACGGGAACAAAAAAAGAAACAAAAACGCCAAGAAAACAUUACAAAAGCUAAACGAAUAAAGAAGGACUAAGACUUCAAUUUCACUAGGCCGAUUUUUUUUGGAAAUGCACUGUUACUGUAUGUGUACCUUUUUUUUGUUGUAUCCUUACAGAAAGAUGACAGAUCUUUUUCCUGGAAUAAUGUAUCCUUAAUUUGUGCUAUUAAACUUCUGUGGUAAUGAACUUUAAUUGCUUUUUUAAGAAGUCUCCUCCCGAUUUUUUUUUCUAACCUGGGAUAUAAGCAAAAUGUAAGUUUAUAAUACAUGUGUAAUAACUAUAUAGAUACAAAUUAUUAUUUCCAUUAAAAUCUGUCUUAUAAUUUUAUACCAUGGAAAGUAAUUGUUUAAUAAUUUUCAUAUAAUUUUGUUGUAUUGUAAAAUUUUCCUACAUUGUGAAGAAUCCCAAUUUCACACUGAAAACCAGUAUUUUCACUAUUCCUUGGCAUAAUGGUUUGUAAGAACCAGAUUGUUUCAAUUAUACAAUCCAUGAUAGCUUAAAUUAUCAUUCAAAAGAUUCUUCUUGUUAAAUGUAACUGAGAGCAACCUUAUCUACAAAAUGUUUUGGGGGGAAAAGAACGUAAAAUAUGAUUACUGGAAUAGUCUGUGCAUAAACCAUGGGUGUUGGAUAAUAGUUUCUCAUUUGUGUUACAUUAUAUUCUUGGUGGCUACGCUCUGAGGACAAAGCAAUAGUGAAUGAAUGUAGGCAAUCACUAAGUCUUUUAACAACCAGAAUCAAUGGUUACAAAUGCCCUCACGUGUUUAUUAGUUCAGCUAAAGCAGACUGAAGGCAAAUUUUAGGGAAUCUUGGCCAGUUCAGGCCAAAUGACAAGCAUUAUUUUCCCUGUAGCAAGCCCUGUGUGGCUGCUGUUACAAAGUUGCUACAGAGGCUUCUCAUUCUAAAUUAUGGCUCCCUAUUAAGUCAAUACUUUGCCUUUGAAGGCAACAAUUGAUGCCUGGUGGGCAAAUAAUUAGCACCCUGAAAUUUCUUUUAUAUAUUUCUAGUCAAUUCCUGUUUUCAACUCUUCAAAAACCAAAGCUUCUUAGGCUCAUCUUUGAAAAUCUUGUAACAUUCUGAAGCCUAUUUUUUUUACAUCCAGUUAACUUAUAACAUAAAAGAGGUAUCUAACCUAUAACAUUGGUUUGGUGAAAUUAUGACUACUAAACCAACAUUGGUUUACUGGUAUAAAAAUAAAGUUAGGGAUUAUGUAGGAUAGGAAGCUAAUAACUCUACUAGUGACUAUAUCUCCUGAUGCAAAGGAUGUCAAGCACAAAUAUGCAUUUUAAACAAAAUUAUAGGACAUUUAAAUAUGCUCAUGAUUGCACAGUUACUGAUUUGUUAAGCUAUGAAACAUUAAAUUUCUACUUUAAAUAAACAAUGUUUAAAUUA